UCGGAAUAGGUGGCGCACUGAAUGGAGGCUCAUGUUGUGGUCCCGGGACCGCACAGAUGACGUCCUGAGCCGCCGGCUCGUCAUUUUUCGUCCCUUUCCCAUCUUAGUCUACGACAAUGGCGACGUUUGUCAGCGAACUGGAAGCGGCUAAGAAGAGCCUGAGUGAGGCGCUGGGCGAGAACGUGAAGCAGUACUGGGCAAAUCUGAAACUCUGGUUCAAGCAGAAGAUAAGUAAGGAAGAGUUUGAUGUUGAAGCUCGGCGGCUUCUCACGCAGGAAAACGUGCACUCCCACAACGACUUCCUCCUGGCCAUUCUUACUCGAUGCCAAAUUCUUAUUUCUUCUCCUGAGGGAGCAGGAGCACUACCCUGUGCGGCCAAGACGAAGCCUAAAGGAAAGAAAAAAAUCACAUCUGCUCGACAGAAGUUUGAUCAUCGUUUCCAGCCCCAGAAUCCUUUGGCCGGAGCUCAACAAUUUGUGAGUCGGGAUCCUCAAGAGGACUAUGAACUCAAGCUGUGUUCUCACACUAUGACUUUGCCCACCAGAGGGCAGCUGGAGGGGCGCAUGAUUGUUACUGCCUUUGAACAUGGCUUGGACAAUGUAACAGAGGACGCAGUGACCAUUGUUAUCCAUGCGUUAGAGAAACAUUUAAAAAAUCUGUUGACUUGCGUGGUGGUGCGUCGACGAGCGUACCGCCUUAAAGAUGGACACUUCCGAUACGCCUUCGGCUGCAAUAUCAAUCCCCAGCCAUACCUAAGAAACAGCGUGGCAACCUACAAUCAGCUUGUUGAAUGCCCACCCAUGAUCCCUGCUCUUACUGGAAACCAGAAUCCAGGACCAAGUAUACAUCCAGAUGACGCAGAACAGCAGGCUGCCCUCUUAUUAGCAUGUUCGGGGGACACCCUACCAUCUAGCUUGCCUCCCGUCAACAUGUAUGAUCUUUUAGAAACUUUGAAGAUUCACAGAGAAGUUAUCCCUUCUCACACAGUUUAUGCACUGAAUAUGGAACGAAUAAUUAUGAAACUUUGGCACCCUACUCAAGAGGAGCUUCUGCAAGACCAAAUUCAUCGACAGAGGCUAACCGCCAAGGAAGGACUAUUGAGUUGAAAACGGCAGCAUUUUUUUAUGGAUAAUCUCUUUAUACCCAAACUUGCUCUGAACUGCUGUGUUCUGCAGCAAACAGAUUGAAAACAUUUUUGUUAGACCAAUUUACAACUUUUUUGGACCUAUGACAACUUCAUCAUUUUUUUUGUUAAAUAAACACACACAAAAUCAUGUUUUACACAUUUUGAUGAACAUUGUGGUUUACAUUUUAAGCAGAAAAUUACUGGAACUGUUUUUAUUUAAAGUGGACCUGUUAGCACGAAAUGCAGUGUAACCCGCGGCAGCGUGUUGUAGGGCAGAAGCAGCUGAGCAGUUAGAAACAGUAUUUUUUUGGGACUAUAGGACUCACUUUUUAGUUCUUAAUAAUCAGUGCAUGCAGAAUUGGAGGCUGAAAGGUCAUUCAGCUUAUGGAGAGGACUACAAGAAACACCUCCCUCCCCAUACUGAAGGUCCUCUGACAGUAGGGAAAUACACAGUUGAGUCACAUUAUUAUGACCACUUUCGACAUCGGCAGCCCAUAGGUCAUGGAGGAAGUCAUGUGUGCUGAGCUGGCUCGGUGGGUAGACAGUAUAAGGUGUGU